AUGAGUAACGAAUGUGAUACUUCUAAAAGUAAUAAAGACCUUUUGGAUGGAAACCUAGGGGAAGCACCUGACUUUCCUUGGCUGGGAGUAUUGAGAAUACCUUUACAACAAAAGAACGAGCCUCUAAGAAUAGCGGCAACGGGCGCUGUCUUAGUCACGUUCAAGCAUGCCGUGGUCAACGCUGAUGAUGUGGCGAAAGUGUCCAAAGAUUUGUUGAGAAACAACGGCAGACUUCACAUGGUCACGGAAGCCCACCAAUCCUGGUCUUACAAGCUCAAAGACUUUACCUUACACCCCGAAUAUGAAUACGCCACAUACAACACCAUAGCUUUGGUGGAGCUUAACCUUGAUUAUGAAGAUCAGUCUGACGAAGACCUGCUGUCUCGAGGAGACCUCAAACCAAUCUGUUGGCCGGGGAAAGGCUUUAAUACAUCCAACGCACUCUAUGUGACAGGUUUUACUGAUGAAAGAUUACUCUUAGAGAAGGUGGUAUAUAAAUCUCUGUACGUGACAAAGGACAUCUGUGAUGAGUUUUACAAAAGAUCUUCUGUGAAAGUGGACAAGAUGCAGGAACCGCAGCAUUACCUGUGCGUGUUCGCUGUAAAUAACACGAGAAACUGCAACUUCGACAACGGCAUGGCGCUGGUGUCCAACGCCACGGGUUCUUGGACUUGGGUAGGCUUCGGUGUCUCCGGCCCAGGUUGUGCAGCCCCCGCCCGCUUCCUGGACGUGUCGUACUACAUCGACUGGAUCCAGACCUCCACCACAGACCCCUCACAGUAUGACUAUUAUAACCACAAGGAGGAACCCGACUCUUAUACGUAG